AUGCCUCGACGAGAAGAGGAAGCGAGAAGAGGAAGCGAGAAGAGGAAGCGAGAAGAGGAAGCGAGAAGAGGAAGCGAGAAGAGGAAGCGAGAAGAGGAAGCGAGAAGAGGAAGCGAGAAGAGGAAGCGAGAAGAGGAAGCGAGAAGAGGAAGCGAGAAGAGGAAGCGAGAAGAGGAAGCGAGAAGAGGAAGCGAGAAGAGGAAGCGAGAAGAGGAAGCGAGAAGAGGAAGCGAGAAGAGGAAGCGGAAAAUGCUAAAUUAUAAAUUAUUUAAAUUUGUUUUCUGUUUACAAAGCAUGUUUUUGAAUAACCCUCAAAAAGUUUUUUGGUUGUAUUAUUUAUUUCAAUUCGAAAUUGAACCAACAAGUAAUACCCCCUCUUUAAUGUUUUUCUAUCUUGUCAUGCAUUUUCUAAUUAUAAAUUGGUGUUAUUUGCCGUCUUUUGAUAAUAUUUUGAUAAUUUAUUAA